UCCAGGGCUGUGAUGAUAGCUACCUCGGUGAAAUAGCUGGUCUCAGGUGCCGAUGCUGUUAAGUUUCUCAGGACACACUCAUCUUUGCAGAUAGGAUUGCAGAACAGAAAAUAGACCCAGGGAAAAUUUAGGCUCCCCCAAAUCUCAUUGGCCCUCCGCAUAAGCCAAGUCACGACCACGCCUGCAACACCGCCGGAUUCCUUUCAGCACUCGCAGUUGCGGACAGCUCCCUCGCUGCGUGCCCCUUUUCUCUGCAGUGAGCUGACUUGCUCGACCCGCGGAGGCCGGUGCGGCACCUACCCGGUCCUGGCCCGCGCGCACUGGACACGCGCUCCCUCCGCCCCCGCCCCGGCCCCCGCCCUGCGCUCACUCCGGUCCGCUCCGCUCCGGCGGCGACUUUGAGGGAUUCCCUCCCGGGCGGCCUCUGCAGCAGCACAUCUGGCCCCGCUGGCCGCGAGCGCGAGGAGCAUGGAUCUCCGAGGAAGAGCCCUUUUCCGCGUCGGCACGCUUCGAGUUCUCCUCGUGCUGUUCAAGACGGUGGCUCAAAUCAUGGCAGAACAAGAAGUGGAAAAUCUCUCGGGUCUUUCCACUAACCCUGAAAAAGAUAUAUUUGUGGUGCGGGAAAAUGGGACGACGUGUCUCAUGGCAGAAUUUGCAGCCAAAUUUAUUGUUCCUUAUGAUGUAUGGGCCAGCAAUUACGUCGAUCUGAUCACAGAACAGGCUGAUAUCUCACUGACCCGGGGAGCCGAGGUGAAGGGCCGCUGUGGCCACAAUGAAUCAGAGCUGCAGGUGUUCUGGGUGGAUCGCGCCUACGCUCUCAAAAUGCUCUUUGUAAAGGAAAGCCACAACACGUCCAAGGGACCUGAGGCAACCUGGAGGCUGAGCAAGGUACAGUUUGUGUACGACUCCUCUGAGAAGACCCACUUUAAAGACGCGGUCAGUGCUGGGAAGCACACGGCCAACUCGCAUCACCUCUCUGCUUUGGUGACCCCAGCUGGGAAGUCCUAUGAGUGUCAAGCUCAGCAGAGCAUCUCUCUGGCCUCCAGUGAUCCCCAGAAGACUGUCACUAUGAUCCUGUCUGCUGUCCACAUCCAACCCUUUGACAUCAUCUCAGAUUUUGUCUUCAGUGAAGAGCAUAAAUGCCCAGUAGAUGAACGGGAGCAGUUGGAGGAAACCUUGCCCCUAGUUUUGGGGCUUAUCUUGGGCCUUGUCAUCGUGGUAACGCUGGUGAUCUACCACAUCCACCACAAAAUGACUGCCAACCAAGUGCAGAUUCCUAGGGACCGAUCCCAGUACAAACACAUGGGCUAGGGGCUGUUAAAAGGGCACCCCCAAGUCCUGUCCCCAGCUGGAUCAGGUAGAACAAAAAAAGCACUUUCCACCUUGUACACAGGAUAUAUCAGCAUAGCUACAAUCCAACAGGCCUGGUGUCUGGGGCUUGCUUGGCUUGCAUCCAUGCUUAAACCCAGGGGUGGUGGUCCCUUGGAUGCAUGGGGUGAGGGUGAAUGGUAGCUGUUCUCCCCAUGCUGGCGGGUAAGGAGGUGGGGGUCAGCCAACUUUCAUGCCCGUGGUGGCCUGGCUUUGACUCUCCAAGGAGCAGCAAAUCCUACUUGGAGAGGUUUCUGGCCCUGAAGUUUAGGGACUGGAAACACUUCCCUUGGGAGGAAACCUCUUUAAGUUCAAAAGAAGAGGGGUGCUUUACCCCUUAGCCUCCGCUGGCUUACCUAUACAGUUUUCAGUGCACACAAAAUACAACCUCAUGCUCCCUGCAGCAAGACCCCUGAAAGUGAUCCACGCUUCUGGCUGGCAUUCUGCAUGUCUAGUGAUUGUCUUGGGAAUGUUUCACUGCUCCCUGCGCCCAGUGACUCUGCAGCACAAGAACUUGUUCAAUGUAACUAUGCACUAUUGUUUGGAAUUCAUAAUGUGUCAGGUCCAAAUAAUAGGACCUGGACAUGUGAGUUUGUUUUUGAAAAUGAAUUAAAACACACUACUCUCUGG